CCCCGAGCGCAGCUGAGCCCUGAGCGGGCACGGAUCCCUCCGGGCAGCCCGGAGCCAGCCCCCCACAGCCCCGGACCCGGGGAACCGGCCCCGCUGCUGGAACAAGGGGAGCGGAGCGGAGCGCUCCCAGGCGCGGACCCCAUCCCUGCCGCGCUGGAUCUCCGCGGAUGCUCAGAGGAGCGGUGCUGCCUUCCUGGGGCUGCAGAGGGGGUGAGGAUCUGCAGAGAGCACGCAGCAAACUCCUCUCUUCCCCUCAGAGCAAGCCAGGAGCUGAUGUAAAUGAGAUUUAAUUCACAGCCCAGGACCUCGACUGAUGGGUGCUCCACGUGUGGAGAGCUCUGAGUGACAGGAUGGGCAGGGAUGGGUACCUCAGACAGAACUGCUGAGCACACACAGCAACCUCCACCCUGCCAGGUUUCCAAGCCAGUUUUAAGGCAGAAUCAGGACUGACACCAGGCAAUUAAAAGCAUCAGUGAUUUCCUCUCAGGAGAAGCUAAAUUGGAGACCUUGUGGAAUAUUUACUUUCCUUGAACACAGAACCUUCCCCAAAAGACAGAAAUGACUUUAACCUGCAGCUCCAGUAUUUCUCACCACAUAACCCUGGCAAGUGGGAUAAACAGCCUCAGGUUUGUGUAUCCCACUCGUGCACUCCAAGGAAAAUGCAGAAGGAGUUAAACUUGACUUGGAACUGCAAGGCCAGGCAGAUGUUGCCAAUCAGACCUUCCAAGAACUGAUCUUGUCACUGCUCCUGCCUGGGAAGGGAGUGAAGCUCAGCCUCACAUGGACAUUACCAGCCAUGGCUUUCCUCCCUGGAAACUCCUCCGAGUGCUCCAACUGCACCCACUUCGUGGAGCCCGUGAACAUUUCCAAGGCCAUCUUACUGGGUAUCAUUCUAGGGGGGCUGAUUGUUUUUGGGGUUUUGGGCAAUAUCCUGGUUAUCCUGUCCGUAGCCUGCCACAGACACCUCCAGAGCGUCACCCACUAUUACAUCAUCAACCUGGCCGUAGCUGACCUCCUCCUGACUUCUACCGUCCUGCCCUUCUCAGCCACCAUGGAGAUUCUGGGCUACUGGGUGUUCGGGAGGAUCUUCUGCAACAUCUGGGCAGCUGUGGACGUGCUGUGCUGCACCGCUUCCAUCAUGAGCCUGUGCAUCAUCUCCAUCGACCGCUACAUCGGGGUGAGCUACCCCCUGAGGUACCCCAGCAUCGUGACGGAGAGGAGGGGGCUGCUGGCCCUGCUGUGCGUCUGGGCACUGUCCCUGGUCAUCUCCAUCGGGCCCCUCUUUGGCUGGAAGGAGCCGGCCCCGGAGGACGAGACAAUCUGCCAGAUCACCGAGGAGCCCGGCUACGUCCUGUUCUCAGCGCUGGGCUCCUUCUACCUGCCCCUGGCCAUCAUCCUGGUGAUGUACUGCCGGGUCUACGUGGUGGCCAAGAGGGAGAACCAAGGGCUGAGCUCGGGGCUGAAGACAGAGAGGUCGCACUCGGAGGAGGUGACGCUGCGCAUCCACCGCCGGAGCGCCGCCGGCGCCAGCCCCAAGAGCAAGCACCACUUCUCCGUGCGCCUGCUCAAGUUCUCCAGGGAGAAGAAAGCUGCCAAGACCCUGGGCAUCGUUGUGGGGUGCUUUGUUCUCUGCUGGCUCCCGUUUUUUGUGGUGAUGCCUCUUGGUUCUUUCUUUCCUGCAAUCAAACCCCCGGACACACUUUUUAAAAUAACAUUCUGGCUGGGAUAUUUAAACAGCUGCAUCAACCCCAUCAUCUAUCCAUGCUCAAGUCAAGAGUUCAAGAGGGCGUUCCAGAACGUCCUGAGAGCUCAGUGCCUCCUGAGGAAGCAGCCAGCAAAGAAGCAAACCCCCAGCUUCAACCUCAACCACGCUGCUGCCAUGGGGAGGGGCAGGGGGGUGCUCAGGAUCCCUGUGGGAUCGGGAGAAACCUUCUACAGGAUCUCCAAGGCGGACGGGGUGUGCGAGUGGAAGAUCUUCGCCGCCCAAGGCGCCGCUCCCAAGGAGUGCACGGCUGCCAAGGCCAAGAGCAAGGGCUUGCUGCAGGAGUGCUGCUGUGCAGGAGCUGCAGGCAGCCUGGUGCAGCAGAGCUGCAGAGGGCCAAGCAUCAAAAUCCACUCCAUCUCCCUGGGCGAGGGCGGCGAGGAUGUGUGAGCGCGGGGACCUCGCUGGUUUCGUGGGGAGGUGUGGCUGGGAGGGUGAAGGGUAUGAACGGGUGAAACAGGGUCAGAUCUUUCCAGCAGGGAUGUCUGUGAGGGCCAGGAGCAGGAGUGGAGCUCCUCAAAGCCAGUGCAUGGCUGCAGUGGGUGGGAUUCUGAGGGUCCAGCACCUGCCAGGCGCUGUCCUGGCGUUUAAGGAGAAUUUAUCCCUCUGUUCUCCUCUUCCAAAGUUCCCACUGCCUCAUUUAGGGGCAGAGGAGCUGAAAGAGAGAACCACAAAGACCCCGUGCUGGUUUCAGCCCCAACAUUCUCUGGCAGCUCCACCUUCAGAGCCAUUCUGUGAUUCCACCCCUCCCCAUAAAACCAAACCUCAGCUGUGGAUUUCACUCAACUCCAUUGCCAAGGAAAACUUGAUCCAAGUGACUGCACUCCACUGAGCUUCAGAGACCAAGGAGAACUUUUCCUUUUUGUACAAUCAGCCUCCCCAGUCUCCCCACCAAACCAAUCAAAAAUGUGCAUGUGCCCCUGGUUUGUUCAGACGAUCCCUGCGCCUUGAGACGGGUCUAAUAAAACUCAGAACUGGGUAAGUCCUCAUCAAACAAGGCUCAAAGAGCUCACUUGCAUUCAUCCUUUUGGUUUUUAACUUCUGAGUCCAUCAGGAACCUGCUGGAAGGCUCAGUAAUUCCUUGCUCAGGUGCUCGAUAGCCAGAUCAGUGCCACAGUCACUGGAAAAGCUGCAGAUUUUUCCUGUCUCCCUGCCCAGUGUUUUGCUACAUUCCUUUCCCUGACUCCCUCAAUACCAAGACUCAAAGCUUUCUGUGAGAUCCUGGGUACUCUGGAGUCAGGAACUUUCCCCUUGUUCUGAGCAGGGGGAGUUAAGCAUGUUAAAAGGCUUAAGGACAUCCAUCCCCAUGAGAAAGGGCCAUCCCCUGGGAAUUUGGGAGCCAAGCAUUUGGAAGCAUGUUAUAUUUUAAUACAGCUAAUCCAAAUAAAAAAAUAAAUGAAAUGGCCAGCAUCUGGAAGAAAUAGUGGGAGGAAUUCUCUGUACAAUAUUAGAAAUGAGCAGCUCUUGACAUAACUCCUCCUGAGCCUGCCAAGUCAGAGUUCAGCUCCUUGAAACAACACACGAGCCCCUGCCCUGGUCUGUGGCAGCUCCUGGGCUGAAGAUCCACUGCCUAGAAAAGGGAAAGGGCUGGAGAUAAAGGUCAUCAUCACCAGCCAGGACCUUGAAACACCACCUUGGUGAUGCUGAUGAGAAAUCAUUGUUUAUUUAUCUCUCACUUAGCAUUAAGUCCCCAGAGUCAAGAGGAUUUGUCUCCUGUGUCUGUUAUUUGUGCACUCACAGAACUCAAAUCUGUAGCACGAUCCCGGUUUUAGCUGAAGUAAGAAAUCCACCUCACCCUUAAGGUUCUUCAGGCCUGGAAUUUGAAGUUGAAAGUGUGUAAGAAAAUGUUCUCAUGGUGCUUCAAGCCAAGAGCAGAAGGAGAAAAGCUGGAAAUCUCAUAAAAAGUCACGUGAGACUCGUGGCUGAGGUUCCAGUCUCACAGGGUUCAGAUACGCGGGAUGUGCGUUUCAACAAAACCCAAACUUGAAACAUUUUGAAAAAACCCCUUAAACUGAGCAAGAAUAGCAAGAUUUAAAGUCUUUACUGCACACUCUUGGUGCCCAACCCUGUCUUAUUCUACAACCAAUCCCUGUUUUAUUACCAAUAAUGUUGUUUUUUUUUUUGCCAUCUCUCCUUUGGAGCUGUUUUACACGGGGUGGCUGCAGUAAUUUCAGAUUUAUUGAGGUUUCAUGGUGUCAGGCAAGGAGCUGUGGUGGAGCUACACAUGGAGGCUGCCACAACUGGAUUAAUUUAAAUCCUGAUGCAGCAAUAUAACCUGACCCUGUGAGGCAAAGAUAAAUGAGUCAAGUGCUGCUGGCAGUGGCAGGAUGGACGUGGAUGGAGCACAGCUCUGCAAGGCAGAGAGGUGGAAUAAUGAAAUCUUGGUUUCACCUUCACCCUUUUUUUUAGGAUGAAGGACCUCUCAGUGUCCAGUGACUCUGAAAAUUCCCAGCCCUCAGCAUCAGGUGAGCCUGGUCCCAGCCACACUCUGCUGCUGCCAGGUUUGCCAGCAAAAACAAAUAUAUCAUUUGUUUUUUGGCUCCCUCAGAGAAUUUCUGCAGGAAAACUGCCCUGGUUGCAACAAGGGUCAUUGGCACUUGUCAUCUCAGUGGAUAUUUGGACUGAAAAGUCUCAAAAACCAUAGAAGGAGCUCUAGGAAACAGAAAAAAAAAUAAAAAGAGUGCAGUUUUAAGCAGCCCAUUUUUUUCUGUUAUUUAAAGUGAACUUGGCAGUGGUGAAAGAGCUGCAGCCACAGAGGCUGAAUGGAUCUGUCUGUCUAAAAUACAAACAGGACAAGAGCUUUUCCCAGAGGCUGGACAUCAAUCAACACUUGUAGAAGCUCCCCAGCACCAGGAUGCUGUGGUGUGAGACCUGGAAAUGGAGCAGAGAUCAGAGAGUGGCCAGAGGGGAGGAGAGAGCAGGGGAGCAGCAGCAGCUCCUCUCAAAGCCUGAAACCUCAUGGCUCUGCCAUCUCCCACAUCAGGGUCUUCCCCUGGGAGUGGCAGCCAAGAUUUCCACCUGGGUGGAGUCUCUGCUGCAGAACUGAGAGCUGGAGCACCACAGAGAUUCUUUAAUUUGCACAGCCUGAGGUGAAGCAGAUCCCUGACCCCUCUCCAUCCCAGGCCAGGGAAAAUUCCCUAGUCCAGUUUCCACAGUCAGUUCAGAUCUGCCAGCUGAUGUUUUGGAGGCUUUGUGUACUUUGCAAGAAUAUUCAAAUCCCAAAUAUUUAAGUUCUGCCCACUCUCCAAAUAAAUGUCUUCACAUUUUUACAUUCUUUAUUUCGCUCUGCCAGCUCCAAGGAUGAAUUGUGCAUUGUGUAAAAGAAAAUUCUCCUUUGCCAGCCCUUAAUGUCCUGAAAUCCAUAGCACUGAAAAGAAGGACUAAGCCAGGAAUAUUUCUUGCUUCUCUGCUUGGAGUAAGCAAAUGGACUUCACAAAAUUUUACAAAAUUUCCCUGCUUUGCUUUCUCAAUAAAUUAACACUGACAGGCUGCAGCACCUUACACUGAUUGAAAUCAAUUAAAAAAAAAAAAAAAAAGGAUCUGAUUGCUUUGCUGAAGUGGAAGUGCCCAGUUCUAGGUGUGCCUGCUGGCCUUGGGCUACUGCUGCUCGUGGUUUUAUUGGGAACUUCAUUUUAAAAUAAAAUCCUGAGGCACAGAACAACUCAGUGAUUCAUCCAGGGCUGAAUCUGGGUAAUUAACUCACAUCCUACCCAGACAUACCUUGAUCCUCUUCCCUGUCUUAAGCAAGACAAAGCUGAAACUCGAGGGGACAGGCUGCUGACACCAAUUAUUCCUGGGUGAUCUUCCAACAGCAGAGCCAGAGAAAAAAGCCAGUUGGUUUUCAAAGUGUUGAACUCAGCUCCAGGCAAAUUUGGGAUCAUCACCAGUGUUAUCCUUUACCAGAAGGAAAAAAAUCCAGCAGGUUAUGGGAGAGCAUCUGCUCUCUGCCUGCACCCCUCACAAAUAUUUGUGAAUAUUUUGUUUAUCACAGUGUUACAAA